AUCUCUCUUCUACAAACUUGAGGUUCCGACUGGGUAUUGAGAGCGGAAGAGAAAAUGGCAGCUCUCAUGGCUUCCCAAACUUCCAUCUCUACCUUGUCUGGUAACCCUUACCCUCGCCUACCCAAGCGAACGGAUUCUUCCAACCGUGUAAUCCUCUCUCUUUUUGCAUCUCCUAAACCUCCUGUCGGUCUAGUACUCCACCGAACCAAACACGACGUUCUUCGCUCGACCUCAAGACUUACAGUUUGCGCCUCCUCUGCUGCUCCCGUCCUUCCCACCGACCCGUCGGUGGAACCCUCGAAUGCUACUCCCUCAACCCUUGUAUAUGAUUCGACCCGGACUAUCACGAACGUCAUCGCCGUGGCUUUGACGCUAUCCAAGUUAUUCGCAGAGGCAAUUCGAGGGUUCGCUCUAAAGCUGAGGCAAAUUUGCUUGACCCCAUCUCCUGAAGAGAUGGCCACAAUUCAGACCAUCCAAGAGAGCUUGGUUUGCACGGUGGGACCCUUGUUCUUCGCUGCUCUCCGUGAUCGCCCUAGUGGGUACUUGAACACGCCUCUUACCGUCGUCGCUUCAGGCAUGGCGAAGUGGCUUGACAUCUACAGUGGAGUACUGAUGGUUCGGGUGUUGCUUAGUUGGUUCCCCAACAUUCCAUGGGACCGCCAGCCUUUAUCGGCCAUCAGAGACCUAUGCGAUCCCUACUUGAAUCUGUUUCGGAAUAUAAUCCCGCCGAUUUUUGAUGCCCUGGAUGUCAGCCCUCUGCUAGCAUUUGCCGUAUUGGGGACUCUUGGUUCGAUUCUGAACAACAGUCGGGGAACUUAUUGAGGAUGAAGAUUACUGAGCAACCAUUAUUAUUAUUUUGUAUCAGUGUAGUUCGGGAAAGGGUGAGAUUACUACAAUUUUGUAGGCAGAUCUUAUGUUUUUCUAGUUUGGAGAUUCUAUUAUAUCAUCUUCUUCGUAUGAUAAAAGACUGGUUUGGAUACUUGUCUGUUUGGGAGUAUCAUGGCUGAAAUGUUAUAUGUUUCAUUUCCUUUCUUAUGUAUAUGAUGCCUGGUGAUUCAAACUGUUAA